CUGCCCCCGGCCCGCCCCCGGCCCCGCACCGCCCCCGCACCGCCCGCAGGCCCGCGCUGCUGCCGCCCGGAGCCCGCCGUGUUGUUGGGACGGGGAGCGGAGCCGGGGCCGUGUCACGGGGCCGGGAGCGUCCGGCGGAGCCGAGGCCGGGCCGCUCUGCUGGAGCCAGCGGAACCGGCAGCGGCUGCUGGCGGGGCGGCAGGAUGACCCUCAAGUCGGGGCGCAGCGCCAGCGCCGGCAGCAUGCGGACCGCGCUCUCCGACCUCUACCUGGAGCAUCUCCUGCAGAACCGAGCCAAGCCCGAGGCCGUCACUCAGUCCCAGAACGCCAUGACUGAGGACAUUUAUACCAACGGCUCAGCAACCCUGGGCAGCCCUUCCCACAGCAACGGCCGCGAGGUGCGGAAGAUACGCCUCGUCCAGUUUGAGAAGGUCACGGAGGAGCCCAUGGGAAUCACACUGAAGCUCAAUGACAAGCAGAGCUGCAUGGUGGCCAGGAUCUUCCAUGGGGGCAUGAUUCACAGACAAGGCUCCCUUCACGUGGGUGAUGAAAUCAUAGAAAUCAAUGGCCAGAGUGUGAGCAACCACUCAGUUGACCAGCUGCAGAAGAUGCUGAAAGAAACCAAGGGGACGGUCUCAAUAAAAGUAAUUCCCAACCAACAGAGCCGCUUCCCUGCUCUCCAGAUGUUCAUGAGGGCACAGUUUGACUACGACCCCAAAAAAGACAACCUGAUCCCCUGCAAGGAAGCUGGGCUGAAGUUUCAGACUGGUGAUGUGAUUCAAAUCAUAAACAAGGAUGACAGCAACUGGUGGCAGGGCAGGGUGGAGGGUUCCUGCACCGAGUCAGCAGGACUCAUCCCUUCUCCAGAGCUGCAGGAGUGGCGUGUGGCAAGUGUCACCCAGUCCUCCAGCCAGAGCGAGUCCCCGAGCUGUAGCCCCUUUGGGAAGAAGAAGAAGUGCAAAGAUAAAUACCUGGCCAAGCACAGCUCAAUUUUUGACCAGCUGGACGUGGUUUCAUAUGAGGAGGUGGUGAGGCUGCCAGCCUUCAAGAGGAAGACUCUGGUGCUCAUUGGGGCCAGCGGUGUGGGCCGUAGCCACAUCAAGAAUGCUCUGCUCAGCAACAACCCAGAGAAGUUCAUGUACCCACCCCCAUAUACCACACGCCCCCAGAAGAAGAAUGAGGUGGAUGGGAAAGACUACUACUUUGUCUCCACUGAGGAGAUGACCCGGGACAUCUCAGCCAAUGAGUUCCUGGAGUUUGGCAGCUACCAAGGAAAUAUGUUUGGCACCAAGUUUGAAACAGUGCACAAGAUCCACCAGCAGGACAAAGUCGCUAUUUUGGACAUUGAGCCCCAGACCCUGAAGAUCGUCCGCACGGCCGAGCUCUCCCCGUUCAUCGUCUUCAUUGCCCCAACGGACAAGGCAGAACAGACAGAGGCUUUGCAGCAGCUCCAGAAGGAUUCCGAGAGCAUCCGCAGCAGAUACGCACACUACUUCGACCUCUCGCUGGUCAACAACGGGGUGGAGGAAAGCCUCCAGCUGCUGCAGGAAGCCUUCGAGCAGGCCUGCAGCUCUCCACAGUGGGUGCCUGUCUCCUGGGUCUACUGAGAGGGCAUCCAACCCCAGCCGCUUCCCAUCCAUCAUCCUGCAGCUGUGGGGAGAAGUCUUCUCCUCAGCUUCCCCUGAUCCACACAGUCCAGCACGACUCCCUUCCUCUGCUGCUCCACAGACACGUUCUCCAUUGGUUUACACACACAGGGUCUCCAGAGCUCCUCUCCCUGGGGGAAUGCAGGACAGGGGCUGCCCAGGGGAUGGCUGCCUCCCAUGGCACUGCGAGGCAGGGCUGUUAGUGGCUAGAGCCCAGGCAGCCCCAUAGCUCAGAGCACAGCUCCCUGCCUCUGCAGGCAAGAGAAAGCACAGCCUUGCUAAAGCACCCAGCCAGUCUCCUCUGCAUCAGUCCCAAGGGGAGUGGUGGAGCAGAGACUUUCCAGGCAGAUGUCCCUUGCCACUGCAGAAGUGCACACGGCAGCACAAACACCUCAAAAGCCUGGCUGGUGUCUGUGAGGCUUCACCUUCAGCUUAGGUGGCUUCACACAGACCACACCGGAGCCCAAUCAUCCACAGGUUUCCCUUCACAGAUGGGGAAAAAGCACAAAAACCCAAGUGUGGAUUUGUCAAAGGUGGUGUGGAGGACACCACCCCCAGGCAGGUCUCACCCUGCCCCGCGUUCUGAGGUUGGAGUUUUCUGACUCGCCCUGUGCAACUGUAGUUAGAACAAGAAAAAAAAAAAACCAAACACUGUAUUUAAAUUCUCACCGUGCAGCUUGGAUUGUUACUGCCUGGCCAGAGAAACUAGGCAGCAGCUGAGGAAGUCCCACUGACCAAAUCCCAGAGCGACAGUGGAAUGGGUAAAUUAGCUCCAGCCACAAGUAUCUGUUGCAUGCAGUAGAAAACAGUGUGUCUACAAAGAUCAUCCAGGCAUGUUUUCCAGCCCGUAGGAAAACAUUAAAGCCAUCCACACAAAGGGGUUCCUUUUGCAAGAGUGUACUGAUGCACAAGCUCCACCAUGACCAUGGCUGUGAAGCAUCCCCAUUGCUCCUGGGCAAACAACAGCCAUCAUUUAGGUGCCAGAAUCUCAUCUGUGUGUUCACCAGUCAGCUAGGGGAGAGGGGAAGGGGGUCAAAAAGUUUUGUGCAAUUUUUUAAGGAUGCCAAAAAUAAAAUCUGUUGAUGUGCAAUAGGGACCUUCGUUCUGAUCCACUGCAGGGAAAUAAUGAGCAGCAAUAAAUGUGUGCUGAAACACU